GAACUAUGACUGCCAUUUGUUUCGUCUGCAAUCUUCCGAUUUUAUCGCAUCAGGUUGGACUGGUUUGGCAAGGAGGAAAUGGAUGGGACGAUUUAGUUCGAGAACAGGUAGAAGAAAUGACAAUAAGACAAAGGCUAGGAGGCCGCAGAGACUCAGCUACACAGUUAUGCAACAUAUCUCCACCAGGGGAAUUAGCGGACGGCCCCAAUCCUGGCAAUCGGCGGAGAAGACGGAGUUCCUUAGCGCAGUUGACAGAUCUUUUCAGGGAUUGGGGAAGCUCCAAAAAGAAUCAAAAGAAGCUGUACAGACGCGAAACUUUAGCAGAUUUAGUAAGGACGUUACCAUGGGAGAAACAAUCAGAGUCAGAGGGUAUGCCAACUCCCAAUAUUUCCACACAAAGGAACCGUCGAGAAUCUAGUGCCGACUCAGGUAUCCGAAGUUCCCUUUCCAGAUCGCGCCGAGACUCCCACUCCAUCAUCUACGACUUCAAGGCCGAGGUCGCCAAGUUGUGGCACCGCAAGGACAGCCGUACCGCCACCAUAGUGAGCCCAAGCAGCGGCCACGGCCCGGCGGUCUCCAGGAGGGACAGCGAGGAGUACCCGGGCACCAGCAGGAGGGACUCCACGGCCGUCUAUUCGCAGUACGCUUCGAGGAGGGGCUCGGGGGAGAGUGGUAAGGGUAGGAGGGACUCGGUGCCUACCGUGUCGUCGCCUCCUAGGGUGGUCAGCGUAAAGAGGAAGGUGCGGACGCAUUCGGAGUCCCCGUAUUAUAGACAGGAACAAAGGCCCUCCACGUCUUCCACCGCCUCCGACUCCGCUUCCCCCGCCCCCACCACCGCCCCCUCCACCGGAGGCGGGGGCACGGUGGACGUGGGCACGGGCGCUCUGCCGCCCCCCACCAUCGUGAUGUCGAGCGUGACGCCACCCGCCACGUCGCCCACGGUGCAGAGUCCGUCGGCGGGGCAGCAGCCGCCCCCAGUGCAUCCGCUGGUCGGGACCAGGAGGGACUCCACCACGCAGUGCGGCCGAACAGGCAGAAGAGACUCGAGAACCCACUCUAGCCCAGAACAGCGCCACUCGCGCCUCCAGCGCCAAAACACAGCCUACGACGAGAGCUGUCUACCCCCGGGCGGCUGGACGCCCAAAGAGAGUCGCAGAGACUCCCAGACCACCGCCCUGAGUCCCGACGUCGACGAGUCGGGCAGGAAGGCCAGGCGCGACUCCCUGAGCCCCGACUCGGCUUCCAAGAGCAGGCGCGACUCCAGGUCGAGACUGAGUCCGGACAGGUCCAUGGAGAGGGAGAUCAGUCCGGUGAGGAGGAACAGGAGGACGCCUAGGAGGCAGUCGACGACGGUGGGAAGGCCGCAUGCGCACAGGUCGCCUGAUUCCUCUAGCUGCUCCAGUCGCGACCCGAGCCCCAGCAACAGGGGCAAUGCCCCGCCCCCUGUGGAACACCACCGCCCCGCCAUCCGAAGACAAUCCACCACCGAGGAGAUCCUCAUAGCCCGCGGCUUCCGCAGACAAUCCACCACUGAAGAGAUGAUCCGCUGCAGGAACUUCCGCAGGCAGAGCUCGCAGAGCGACGACUCGCAAAGGUACCGCGGCAGGAGGGACUCGUCCACGCAGAUCUUGGACGGUACCGUUGCAUCCAUGACAGUAGAAACUUCUAGUACGGUUUUUGAUUCUAGCACGCAGACAGAUCCCACGCCUUUGUACGAAAACAACCACUACCACGAGGAGUGCCUGCGGUGCAACUCGUGCGGCCUUAACCUGACCGGCCCCAGCCAGAAGCGCGCCAGGAGAUUCAAGAACCAGAUCCUCUGCGACCUCCACUUCGCCGACGUGUCUCUGAUGGAGACCUCGGACUUCAUGCAGCAGCUAAGGUCGUUCAAGCCGCAGUCUUUGGGGUGCGCUGUGGCCAGGAGGAAGUCGUCCACUACGCUUAUUUUCCCUCUGCCGCCUCAGGCUUGCUCAGAUGAAUUCUGUGAAGAAUACCCCCACAACUUCGUGGCAACUGCGGGUUACUGGAUAGAAUGUUCCAGACAAAAAAUCACCACUGACACCAUUUGGGACGAAAGUGAAUCUGAACACGAAAACGACAUUCAAGAAGGAGAAGAAGACGACGAGGAGAAUCGGAAGGAUCGUGAUGAUCAUGGCAAUGGCUAUAGAAAAAGGGACAGAAGUUGUCAUGAUCUUUACGAAGAUGACGAGGAUUCCUCAUCUCCCAAGAAGAAGACAGUCAUCGAAGAGCAGUGGGAGAAGAACCAAGGGUUCGAGCUGACCAGUGUGGAACAAGAAACUUACGAGAAGUAUUUUUACGGUACCGAACACUGGAACUACUUCACUAACGAUGAAGACCUCGGUCCUAUCAUAUUAUCAAUAAAACAAGAAACGCUCAAUUGUAGGGAUCAAUUCAGGAUACUAGUUCGAGCUAUCAGCUACACUAUACAUGGUCUCAUACCCGCCAGCUGUGUGUUUGCUGAUAGAUAUAAUAGAGAAGAAGUAGUUAGGUCUUUGGGAAAGGAAGUCAACAUCAACCCUCCGCUGAUAUUAGGCCAGCUUCCAGACACCCCCGAAGAAUUACUCAAAUUAGACCAAGUAUUCAUAAAAUCCGAACUGAAAGUGGGCGUGAUCUACGUGAAAGAAGGCCAGUGCACCGAGGAAGAAAUCCUAGACAAUAACGACAACUCCAUGAUGUUCGAGGAGUUCCUUCAAAUCAUGGGCGAGAAAGUUCGAUUGCGUGGAUUCGAUAAGUACAAAGGCGGCUUGGACACCGUCCACGACCUCACAGGGCUGUACUCGGUGUACACGAACUGGAGGAACAUCGAGAUCAUGUUCCACGUGAGCACGCUGCUGCCCUACGAGCGGCACGAUCCGCAGAAGCUGCAGCGGAAGCGGCACAUCGGCAACGACAUCGUCUGCGUGGUUUUCCUGGAAGCUGACAACACAGCCUUCUCGCCGGCAUGCAUCAAGAGCCAUUUUUUGCACACCUUCAUUGUCGUGCGGACCUCACCGAGGAUAAAACGCAAGCCCACCCGCUACGAGGUCUCCGUGGUGUCCCGCGACGAGGUGGGCGCCUACAAGCCGUACCUGUGGGAGCAAAGCGUCUUCGACAAGGAGCCCAUGUUCCGAGAAUGGCUGCUCACGAAGAUCGUGAAUGGCGAGCGGGCCAGCUACUCGGCGCCCAAGUUCGCGCGCAUGCAGGACCGGACCAGGUCGCAGAUGCUCGAGGACAUCGUGGCCAAUCUGCAGAACCACGCGGAGACCGGGCAGAUACCCAAGCCGUACAGGAGAGGAUCUUGGAGACCUAUCGGCCACAUGCGUCCCUCAUCACCCUUACUGGACAGUGUCCGCGACCAAUUCGAGAACCACGAACACAUGGCCAGGGACUUCACCAAGACCUUCUUGAACAGCGAAGAGAACACCGUGACCAACGCUCAUUUGUUCGACGUCGUCUUCAUGGUCGGUCAAUCUAAGCAGAAGGUCAAGUUGGUGGGUGUCAGAGCGAUCCUCGGGGUACGCAGCCGAGUAUUCCAGGAAAUGCUUUACGGUAUCCAAGCGGGUUUCGGCUCGCCCCAGGUGCCGGUGGCAGAACUUUUGGCUCGGCCCGUGCCGUCCAUCCUCAGCCCGCAGCAAAUGAGGCCCAAGAGCAGCAACUUCUUGCAGGUACCUGAUAUGGAGACACCACGACCAAAAAGCGUGCCUUCCUCUCCCAUGGUGAAGAGGGCCUUCACUAGGCUGGGGACCAUCACGGCAGGCUGGGGUAGGUCGAUACGCAAGCACAGUGCGCAGCAGCUCAACGUGGAAGACAAGAAGAAGUGGGCUAGCAGCCAGGAUUGCUCGAAUAAAGACGGCAAAGACAAAUCCGGCAAACCGUCGAGCUCGCAGCAAGCCGUGCCUAGGCUCAGCGUCUGCGCAGACGCCCAGAAAGUGGACAAGGCCAAGCUUGCCCAAACGGAGUUCUCCAUCAUCGAGUUCGACUCGGACACGUUCCGGAUCCUUCUCGACUACCUGCACACGGGCUCUUGUCCGCUGACGUGCAACACCAUCCCAGGACUGAUCUGCGCGGCGGAGCACUACGAUCUACCGGAGCUGCUGCAGGCGUGCUUCCACCAUGCCAAACAGUUCCUCAGGAUCGAUGUGGUGUGUUUCAUGUUAUGUUCUCUCGAGAACUACUACUGGAGGUAUACUUCGGCAUCCGAGCUGGUGAACAUGAUAUUAGCGUUCGUAGAAACAAGAGCUGUAGCUGUGUUUCAACUUGAAGACUUCCUCAAUCUGAGCGAGUCCAUGGUCCAAAUGAUCAUGUGCAGGAAUUUGGAGAUACCCGAAGUAGUCAAAUUUGAGGCAAUGCUCACAUGGGCCAAACACAAAAUUCGUACCAAGACUUCAAGUAAAGUAGACACUAAGUUAGAAUUCAAAUGUAUCAUGGAACGGUUAUCCAGAGAUUUGAAACUGUACCGGAUAGCUCCUCAGGAACUGAUAAAGAUUGUAUUGCCUUCUAAGGCGAUCAAGAACGAGAUUAUUUUAGAAACCCUGAUGUUCCAAGCCAAUUCCGGUAUGUACAGAAUACAGGAUUCGUACUUGCAGGAAUGCACACAAAGACUGCAGAAACAGGACUCUAGAUUUUCAGAAAUGGAGUCUUUCGACUACGGCAAUUAGAUACUCUAUUCGUGGAUUCUAGUAUAGAAGACAAUCAUAUGAAAUUGAUAAUUUCGAGAAUCAGGAUCAGUGUGGUUUAUAUAGAGACGAUCUCAAAAGUUGUUAGUAUUUAAACGGAUCAAAGCGGAAAUGUAUUUACUACCUUUGGAAAUUGUUUCUAGUUUGAUGCGAACUGAUUUUAUCAUCACACGUAUUUUCAAGAAGGGUACUCUCUCAAUAUACAAUUCGAUGAAAUAUCGAAAUUUUCAUUCCGCAAUUGAACCUGACAAAGUUUAACAAAAGUCAGCUAAGGAGUUUUGAGCUGUGAAUGAAGAUCUGUUAUAUUUAAUCUCAGCACCCUGAAUCUUGAGAACGAAGCUUUAGAAACAUACGUGGUUGUAUGUACUUGUCUCCUCUUCUUUCCCAAGUUCUGUCGGAUAUCAAACAUUCCUGAUUACAAUCUGAAAUACGCAGUAUAAAUCAUAAUGCUUAAGGUAAACAGAACUAUUUUACUGAUGGUAUCUUUGUUGAGAUUUUGGAUAUGUCAUUUCCGAAAACGAUUCAUUUAUCUUUAAUCAAACUUCUGCUCAUUAAAAGUGAGACCGCCAAUACAGAGUGUUGAGGAAUCGUCCGACGACGCUUCAUAGGUCAUAUUAUCUGUCCUCGUUUCUAAAAAUAAAGAUAUGAAUAUUAUUUGAAUCUAAGUAUAGUGAGACAAAUCAGAUGAUUUGCCUCAAAAUUCCACUGCGUUUGAAAUGUUUUCUAUCAGAGCCAAAAAUAAUAAUCAAAUCAUUCGUCAGUGAAAAUUCGUUUUGAAAAAUAUUUGGAGAAAAGAAACAUAGUGACAUUUCUGGGCAAAUCAUCUGAUUCGUCCUUGAAACGAGGAGAGAAAAUCCCAAAUAAUCUAGAAAAAUGAAUUUACCACCUUCUCGAUUAACCUACAGACAGUAUUUCGAAAAUAAGCUCCUCAAGUGUUAAGUUUCAGAAAAUAUAUUGUGUAGGAGGAGUUGAGUAACUAAAAUCGUUCAUAGGAAUAAUUCCAAAACUUCUACCCUACUUGGAGAAUUUCAUUCACUUCUUUCGAGUUUUUUAAUUCCCUGUUCAGUUUGUUUGAAAGAACGCAUACCGAACCUUCAAUAACCACCGAACAUAAACUUAUGUUCGGUGCAAUAACUGAGCCAUUGUCGAAAUGCAAACCUUUUGGGCGACCUGAUAACUAGCUGACUAGGUUGUCAUUUAGAACGACCAAAGACUGAGAUAAAAUCAACAGUUUCAGAGACACAGAGUAAAAGCAAGCAUUGCUAUUCUUUCUGCAUGAAAUAUAUGUAUUUCUGCACAAUAAACCACAAUAAGAACUAUCCAGUACCUCAAUAUACCACACUACACUAUAAACCAAAAUAUUUUGUCAGAUAUUUUGGAUACGAUUGUUUCAAGCAUAAAGUUGAAGGUCAUCUGUCUUUUCAACAAGAUUGAACGGGGAAUUUGAUGAAUUAUAGACACCAUCUUGAGUUCGUCAGUUGUGUGUAGAAGAUAUGAUGUGAAUAACACAUACACCUUUAGGACUUGAAAUGUCCGAAACGACUUUUUUCUGCAAUCGGCUCAAAAGUCGUCCAUUUUUGUUUCAAAAUUAUAGCUCUUGAAGUUGACGUUUCUCUUACAAACAUAAUAAAAUGAUAAGUAUGUAUGUUGCUAGGCAACACUUUCAGUGUCUAGGGGCUGAAAAUGAAGUUUAACUUCUAGGAACUAGAAACAUGUCUGGUGACAACUGAUAUGGUAGCUGCUUCGACACUGACAAAUGACUCAAAAUAGUGGUAUUUUCACUAAUAUUUCAUUGAUUAGAUAUCAAUUAUUUCGACUGAGAAAGUGACUCUGUAUGACUCGCAAAAUUUGCGUGCUCGGCUUCGUCGUCGCUCCGCUUCGCAAAGGCAAAUAUCGCUUGUCAAACAAAGUGUCACAUUUGAUCCUAAUAAAACAAUGUCCUAUUAUGUCGAAAAUUCACAUAUUCAGAAAUGGUUUUAACCUUCUUCAACGUAUCUUUAACCCCUUAGCUAUAUCUCAAGAACUGAGCACCUGAGGACAUUAUGAACCUAACUUAUAAGUCGUUACUAUGUCGUGAAUACUUUUCAUUGAAACAAUGGUAAAACGUUGUUUUGGUGAGAAUUGAAUAACUCGAAUGAGUUUUCUUCUCGUCUACCUACAUAAAAUGUUGAAUAUUUCGUUGUUAUCAAAUACCGCUUGU